CUGAGUCUGAUAUAAGCAGGGAAAGUUUGACAAGUGUGCCUCAGUUUCUCCAUAGUCGCUUACUUGGAUUUGGUGACUGAUCUUCAGAGGUGACGGAGUAAGUCACUACAGGGCUCUCCUCUCUUUACUUCUCUCCAGCUAGAACUCCCUCAAGAUGGGUGACUGGAGUGCGUUGGGAAGACUUCUUGACAAGGUGCAGGCCUACUCAACGGCCGGAGGGAAGAUCUGGCUCUCCGUGCUCUUCAUCUUCCGGAUCCUAGUUCUGGGAACGGCAGUGGAGUCGGCCUGGGGUGAUGAGCAGUCAGCCUUUAAGUGCAAUACUCAGCAGCCCGGUUGUGAGAAUGUCUGCUAUGACAAAUCGUUCCCCAUCUCGCAUGUGCGCUUGUGGGUGCUUCAGAUCAUCUUCGUGUCCACGCCUACGCUCCUGUACCUGGCGCACAUUUUCUACUUGAUGCGCAAGGAGGAGAAGCUCAACCGCAGGGAGGAGGAGCUGAAGGUCGUGCAGAAUGACGGGGGUGACGUCGAGCUCCAUCUCAAGAAGAUAGAGCACAAGAAGUUCAAGCACGGCCUGGAGGAGCACGGCAAGGUGAAGAUGAAAGGUGCCCUGCUGCGCACCUACAUCGUCAGCAUCCUUUUCAAAUCCAUCUUUGAGGUGGGCUUCCUGUUACUCCAGUGGUACGUCUACGGCUUCAGCCUGUCUGCCGUGUACACGUGCGAGCGCUUGCCUUGCCCCCAUCGGGUGGACUGUUUCCUCCUCUCCCGCCCCCCGGAGAAGACCAUCUUUAUUAUCUUCAUGCUGGUGGUUUCGCUUGUCUCACUCAUGCUCAACAUCAUCGAGCUCUUCUACGUGCUCUUCAAACAGAUCAAGGACCGUGUGAAAGGCCGCCAAAACCAGUUCCCAACCGGCACCUUGAGCCCCACGUCAAAGGAACUGUCCACAACCAAAUACGCCUACUACAAUGGUUGCUCCUCGCCGACCGCGCCGCUCUCACCAAUGUCGCCUCCGGGCUACAAACUAGCCACCGGCGAGCGGACCAACUCUUGUCGCAAUUACAACAAGCAGGCCAACGAGCAGAACUGGGCCAACUACAGCACAGAACAGAACCGUCUGGGCCAGAAUGGCAGCACCAUCUCCAAUUCGCAUGCUCAGGCCUUCAGCUACCCUGACGACACACAGGAGCACAAGAAACUGACACCGGGCCACGAGCUACAGCCAUUGGCAUUGAUAGAUGCUCGGCCGUGCAGCCGUGCCAGCAGCAGAAUGAGCAGUCGAGCAAGGCCUGAUGACCUGGAUGUCUAGCUGUGCGACUUGGUGCCACGUCACGACACUAGAGGACUGACACGGGCAAUGAGACGUGUUCAUUUCCUGUAAUUGAGGGGGCGGGGCUUCAUACACGCAAGUUCCUCACUCUAGACUCUAGUCGAUACAGAGACAUAAAAUUACUCACACUGCUGGAGGUACUAUUCAUUAAUAAUUAUGC